GAGUGAGUGAGUGAGUGAGUGAGUGUCGGCGCGCUCGCGCUGGUACACGCCGAUGUGCGACUCUUAUUAGUUACAAACACACUCUGCACUCUACUUUCCUUCUUCCCCUAAAACACGAAUGCAGGGCAGUGGCGAAGCACAGACUGGACUCCCCACACAGACCCGGUUAGAGUCCUCGGAUGAUAGAGAUGAAGAGGAUGAUGAUGAUGAUGCGGUACGCACGCGGACUGCAGUAACAGCAGCAGGGACAGACCGCAUUCCGGUAUCCAUCUCUCCACCUGAGACCCCGGUGCGAUGGCUUGUCCUCUCAGAUGAAGUGUCUGCUCUAGCAAGAGAGGUUUUCUGAAGAACAGCGGCUUGAGGAACCAAAAAUAAACUUGCACUGGAGUCUACAAACUGAGGAUCUUUGUUCUAUUUAUAACGUCUUGUCCUCUUCUUUGUUUGUCGCCUAUUUAAUCUUGUUCUGUGUCACUUUGUGUUGGCUAUGACGCCAUGUCUCAAACUGGAAAAGUCCUUCAUUUGUAUGUGGAGGUGAGGUCCACACCCUAGCAUGCUGGGAAUGGUAGUUCCUGUGAAACCUCAGUGGAGGAGGAUGGUCCGGUUGAGGCGUUUAACAAAUUAGCGCAGGCAGCACCUGCUAGCAGCGCACAAUCCUGUGGAACAUACAAACCAAACGUUAGCUUCCGACUUCAGCCCUCACACGAUUCCCGGGGUUCCCCACAAAGAUGCAGCAUUCCCCAGCAGGAGCCAUUCCAGCAGGUGUCCAACAACAUUGACAGUAAACAGUUGAAACAUGCCCACUCUUUAUCAUACUCUGGACCAGGGACUCCUUGUCGAGCCUGCAAACAUCACCAGAACACCAGACCAGAGGUUGGGCAGAGAUCGGUGGUCACUUUCAGAUACAUCGAGAAGCCUCACAUUAAAACCGUGGAGAGUCCUUGUAAGAGUCCCUGUGGGAUGAAAGAAGGGAGUUAUUUACACAAGAGGUGUAUUGAUCCAGUCUGUUCCGGGCCUGCUGAAUCUUCCUGCAAUAACAGUCAGUUUUACCAGCACUCUGGUUCUCCAGGAUUUCAUCAAUCUACUUUGGAUCCCAUUGGUCAAGCCUCAACGCAACGAGCCUUGGAAGAGUUUGGCUCCCCCCUGCUGAGGUGCAAGUUUGCUCGUGGGUCUAACUGGAGUCCGAAGUCUCUCCAGCAACAGAGGGCACGUUGCCAAUCCUGGGAAGGCUCAUCUGUGCCAAAUUGCAGUGCUUAUCGCCAUGAUCCUGGUCCAGGCAGGGUAGGAGCUAUGCGUGACAUCCCUAAAAGUUCAGGGUCUGGUGGUUUCUCAUCCCACACUGGACAACAACAGAAGUCCACAUCCAUGCCGCAAGGAUGCUCCAACCAGAAACUUUCUUCAAAACAAGACUGUUCCACUCCAGUCAGUCAAAAUUGGGAAACAAGUGCAAACAAGCCUCUGCUAGAGCAAAGGACCAGUUUGGCCAACACACCCACCGGUGGAUUGAACCAGCUGAGUGGAAGCAGUAACUCGUCUGCUCUGAACAGUCCUGAGGUUGUGCGUAGGAUCGCGGAGGAAGCCACCAAGGUUUCUACCAUUUUCAAUGAAGUCCAAAGUUCUCCACCACCUGCUGUGUUUGGGGGAUCUCACCUGAACAGCACAAACUAUGGGUAUCCAUCUAGAGAUAUCCAUCACGAGUCCCUACAACAGAGUCCGGUGCAGAUGGCUGUUAAAAUGAACAUACCUGUGCAUGAACCCCAACCACCUGACUGUCCUACAACCAAUGGGGUUCCUCCCCUCCAACCUGAAGCACCAGGUACCCAGCGUUUGGGUUUAGUUGAAGACUUGGCCCAUCACAUGUCUGGGUCUAUCCCAGUGGACAGUGCCCCUGAUUCCCCUGCCCUCCCUUCCCGUCUCCUUCGUUCAAGUCUGUCCAAAGCAGAUUUGGGUUCUCCGCUGCGAGAUCCGCGGCAGCUGAUAGCUGACCUGCUGGUCACGGAUAGCCCCACCCCGCACCGACACAAGACCCCACAGUACACUGGAGAGGAAUGGACCCCUAUUGACCCAUGGUUCCUAGAGGAGGAUGACUGGGGUGAUGAUGUCAUCGCAGAAAGUAUUGAGAUAUCCAGACGCUUGUUUAUUGGUCAGAAUGUCAACGAUUCUCCAGUCAGCUGGACGUCCAGACAGCAAUGGAAAGAGCAAGCAAAAACAGAAGUAGGGAAGUUUAGUUUGCCACAACCACUUGAAGGGACUUUAAAAAGUUGCAGAACAAGUGAAAAGGUUGAGGUGACAGACAGAGGAGGAAAGCAUGUUAGUGACUCAGUAAGUGGAACAAACCAUAGCCCAGUGGACAAAGUAGAGGGGAUGACCAUACUAACACAACAACAGAGGCAGACAGAAUGGAGGAAAAGGCAGGCUUUGCUUCUAGGGCCGGUGGUUCUAGAGGAGGGAGAUGGAGAGAGUGGAGAGCACCCCUGCCUGGCUGGGUCAUCCCCGAGUUCCAGCGGAGUGACGGGGAGCCUUGGAGACAGAGAUUGCAUCUCACCUGAGUCCAGCCAGAACAGCAACCAGUCAGAACAUCCCUCUUCAGGAAUACAGUCGGAUGGUGGUUCCGUGAUUCCAGGCCCAUCUCUGCACUGUCAGAAAAUCGCCCGCGCCAAGUGGGAGUUUUUAUUUGGCACUCCUGCAGAAAACACUGCCAGCGGACGAGAAAAGAAUGUUCCUGAACCCUCUACGGCUCCCCCUAGUGGCCACUCCACUCCAAUCCCACCCAUGUAUCUUCCCUUGAAGGAGCUGGCUCUCAGAGCCAAUCACGAUGUUCAUCAAGUGGAGGUUGAGCUUGUGACUCCGCCACCUGCUGCACCUGGUACCUCUCCCAAAACUGGAAUAAUUAGACGGACUUUAAAAUACUCAGAGACCGAUCUGGACGCCGUUCCGUUGAGAUGUUACCGGGAGACGGACAUAGAUGAGGUGUUGUUAGCCGAGCAGGAGGACGCUGAUUCAGCGUUUGGGAGCAACCGAAGUGUCAUGGGAACUUCCUGUGCCGAGAGCAGCCCGUUGCCAAACGAGAGAGCAGAUGGGCAGGAGGAAGAGGAGGUGGAGGAAGAGGAUGUUGCGAGCUGGGUGACUGUCAGGAUGCAGGGGGACGUGAGGAGGCUGUUGGCUGAUCAGGAGGUGGAUGAUGGAGAGGAGUUUUACAUCAUCAUGAUGAAGAGACCCCGUGAUCAUUUCAUUAAUGACCUACCGGCUCUCAAAUCCCCUCUUCUGCUCCACGGCCCCCGCAGGAAGUCUGGAGACAGUCAGGACACCUUCAGUCGCCAUUUUGAGAGUAUCAUGGAGUCUCACCGUGCCAAGGGCACAUCCUACAGCAGUCUGGACAGUCUUGACCCUCUGACCUCUAGCACACAGACCGUUCUGACCUUUGACCUCCCCACACUGACCCCUCAGGUUCAGGGUCAAAUCUAUCAGAGCGCGCGGCAGAUCGUUGAGCUCAGCUUCGCUCCUCUGGCACACGUGGAGAUGCCCAGCCUCUCAGAGUCGGCAAUGACGAUAACCUGCGACACUGACGCGACGCGGGCACCGUCCAGCGAGAGGCUGAGCAGCGGGUCUGAUGAUCGGAACAGGCAGAGCUGGCACAGCAAUCCUGCACUUUCACUGCCGAGAGAGAAGUCGGGCCGGUUCGCUGCAGAUGCAGAUCUGGAUCAGGAACUGAAUGAGCGUUUGUGUUUGGACAGCAAUGAAACUCUCAGUAACAGUAAUCGAGCCGACCUGGAAGCUGCCAAACGUCUGGCCAAACGCCUCUUUAACCUCGACGGCUUCCGGAAGUGUGACGUCGCACGUCAUAUGAGUAAGAAUAAUGACUUCAGUCGUAUGGUGUCCGAGGAAUAUCUGCAGUACUUCAGUUUUACUGGAAUGACUCUGGAUCAAGCACUGAGGACAUUCCUGAUAGAGUUUGCUCUGACGGGUGAGACGCAGGAGAGAGAGCGAAUCUUGGCACACUUCUCCCGCAGAUACCUGCAGUGUAACCCGUCCCUCAAACUAUCUGAAGACAGUGUCCACACACUGACCUGUGCCCUGAUGCUGCUCAACACAGACCUGCAUGGACAUAAUAUUGGCAAGCGGAUGUCUUUUGCACAGUUCAUUGGGAACCUGGAGGGACUGAACGGCGGUCAUGAUUUUCCCAAAGAUCUACUCAAGGCGCUGUACAACUCCAUAAAGAACGACAAACUGCAGUGGACAAUCGAUGAAGAGGAAUUACGGAAGUCGUUCUCAGAGCUCGGGGAGCAGCGAGGAGACUCGAACUCCCGAGCCGUGAAGCAGAUGGGCAGCGGGUUGGUGUCUCCAUCCGGUGCCCUUCUCUACAAGACAGGCUUCCUGGUGCGGAAGGUCCACGCAGACUCGGAUGGAAAGAGAACACCUCGCGGGAAGAGAGGAUGGAAAACAUUUUAUGCUGUGCUGAAGGGACUCAUCCUUUACCUGCAGAAGGGGGAGUAUCGGCCAGAUAAACAGUUAUCAGAUGAAGAUCUGAAGAACGCCGUGUCUAUUCAUCAUUCCCUGGCCAUCCGAGCCACGGACUACAGCAAACGACCAAACGUCUUCUACCUCCGGACGGCCGACUGGAGAGUCUACCUCCUUCAAGCCCCGAAUGCUGAACAGAUGCAGUCUUGGAUCACGCGCAUCAACACGGUGGCAGCCAUAUUUUCAGCCCCGCCCCUCCCCGCUGCCAUUGGCUCACAGAAGAAAUUCAGUCGACCGCUGCUGCCAGGCUCCGCCUCCAAACUGCCACAGGAGGAGCAGGUACAGGAACAUGAAGGUCGAUUUCGCUCAAUCUCCACCGAGCUAGCUCAACUUCGCUCUUAUCCACCUGACCGGAAGGUGAAAGGUCGUGAACUUGAAGAGUACCGCUUGAGAGAGGAGUAUCUGGAGUUUGAGAAAACACGCUACGAGACGUACAGCAUGCUCCUGCGUGCCAAGCAGCGCUGCGGAGACGAUAGUCUGUCUGUGUUUGAGGACAUGCUUCUGGAGGAGGGGGCGUUACAGAGAGCUCAAUCCAGCCCCACCUUACAGGACAGCAGCAUGACCUGCAGCACCAGAGACGGCGCGAGUCAGAGCGCCGCCCCGCAGGAUCCUCCUGGUAACAGCAACGGCUGCUCGCGCGGUCAGGGCCAAAGGCACAGCUAUCGGCAGGCCGUCCGGAAAUGAGCGCCACCCGCAGGAAUCAAAUGGUACUGGAGCGAAAGCGAGGCCUCUCAUUUUCUCGUGCGCGCCCUCCUGCUGCGUCAGGACGUGGUGUUGAUUCAGACUCUGAAUCUGACUCUGUGAUUGGCUGAUGGGUGGAGGAUGUCACAUAAGGUGCUAAGGAGUGUUCGGGACUCCUCGGAGGAAUGACAUACAAUAGGAAUGCAGGUGCCAUCCGUCAUUUUGCCUUCUUGGUUUGUCGGCGACCUCUUUAUCCCAUUGCGCAUUUCUAAGGCCGGCACAAAUCUGGGCCUUAACUUCGUUUGUAAAAUGCUAUUGAAUGAAACAUCAGUUUAUUUUCACCAUGCUGUGCGAAAAUGUCACUUGAAUAGUGAAGGGUCUGAUGCCAUUUGACAAGAACCUUGACCAGAAUGCUUCUUAUUUAUUUAUGGGAUUUUUUGUGUGGUGUCAUGGACCAGGAGACAAACAGAAAACAUAACUGGUCAUUGCAGAUCUAGUCGAUUCCUCACGUUGUUCUCCAGCAUUACUAUUUAUAUAAAAAUGCACUUGUGAUCAUUUCAAUCUAUUUAUAAUCGAUCUACAAUCUGUUUGCCCCAAAAACGUAUUUUGCACUGAACACGAGUAUUAUUACACUGCGAAAAAAUCAUUCCACUAUUUUUGUCUUUUCCAAGAAAACAUCAAAACAUCCUUGAAACACUUUUCUUUGGUUUUAGAGAAUAUAUCUUCGUAUUUUUUAUCCUACUAGAUCUCACAAACUUCAAUUGAUUUAUGCUUGAAACCAUUUCUUUCCCCCAAUAAUAUAAAUUCAAGAUGCAUUCUCUAAAACAAGAUGUGUGGCGAUUUUGCUGACGAGGAUGUUUUUAUGUUUCACUAGAUGACAAAAAUAUUCAUUUGGUUGCACUUAUACAGCGUAAUAUUUGUCUCUAAAUAUUCUAUAUUUGAUCUAUCUAACCUUGUCUCUGCAUCAGCUGAAUGUUUUCGUCCGCUGUGUUCGGCAUGGCUGACUAGUGACAAUCUCUCGUGUGUUUGGUAAAGCAGAAACUCAAUCCAGUAUAGAUCCGAUAGAAGAUGUGCGGCGUGUAGUUCACGAGCGACCCCCGCAGCACACUGAAUGUCAUUUUUAUUCCUGUUAAAUACAGUUAGUAAGUGUAUACAACGCACCUCCCCGUAAUGCUUAACGUGAUCGAUGAGACCGAGUGUGUGUGCGCGACACUACAGUAUAUCACCUAUAUAAGGAAUGUUUUUACAUGUAUAACGAAUGUGGUGUGUCAAUCAAAACUGCCACCUGCAAUAUUCAGCAUAGACCUGUGUUUGUGUGAUGACAUAGCACGCGCUUUCAGUGACACUGAGGAUUACUUGAAAUGGCCACUCGAAGCUGUCGAACGUACUGUGUUUUUCUACAACGGUGAUGGGAAUCAAAUACACAAUCUCAAGCUUUGUUCUUUAUCCGUUUCUUCUGCAAAGAUUGUGUGAUGUUGAGUAAACAACAAAAACGGUUCCCCAUAAUCUCAGAGCUGGCCACAUGAGACAAUACUGCAGUGGAUUGUAUUUACUAUAGUAAACUGUGGUAAAGUGUAGUAUACGGUACUGUAUUAUAUUAAGAGUAUUGUCAUUUCAUUUGUACGUUUUGUUAAUGUACACUAGUACUUGGAAACAUUACCAUGGUAAAUAUAAUAGUAUCUAAGAAUUAUACCACAGUUUACUAUAGUAAACACUCAAGGAUUCUAUGGUCAUGUGGGCGUCUUACAGUAGCUUGAAAAUGAAUGGAAUUAUUUUACUGUGUUAAGUCUAGAAAUACUAAAGAUCUGAAUUGUAAAAACAGCUAUAAAAUCUGACGAAAACGCAAGAUGAAAAUGAUAUUUUGCAUAUAGAAGUACAAAGAUAAAGCCUGUUUUUAGUGCAUCGUCAUUUCAUGAACGUUAAGCACAUGUUAUUCUGUAAAUGCUGAUUCUCGUUAAUGUAACACAAUAUAAUGAACACGAUGUCACAGUAAUGAUCUAAAGAUAGGCUUUAUUUCUUUGAGGAAAGUCACAUUUUGUGGCGGUGAAAUACUGUAUGACCCGGGCAUGUUGGUUCCAGAGACCGAAUCUGCUAUACUUGUACCGAUACAGCGCUGUAUAUCCGGCGUGCAUGAUGUUAUAAAUCGUUUUCUGUGUUUUUAGGUGAAACGCUGGAAAGCCAUUCUCUGCUCAGGUGUCAUGAGAACUAAAUGUAAAUGUUGCGACGCAUCUCGUCACCAGCAGAGAGAGUGUUCAGCCGUGCAGAUGUGCUGAAACCGCUUCGUGUCUCUAUGUGUAUUUAUUUGUUCUUUUGUUCGGACUGAGAAACACCUGUCAGGCAGAAUGUUGAUUUAUCGUCUCUUAUGCACAAACACACAGAAGCGGAUCAUGUUUUUCAGCGUCUGUCGUGUCCUAUGAUGAUAUCGAUGUCAUAUCAAACCAUGUUUUCAAGCAGCACCUGAAUGUACAUAAACCGCAUGAUUUCUUCUGCUCUCUUUUGCAUCUUGCGUCUUGUUCCGAGGUGAAUAUAAGCACCCGUUUCUUUAGUGGAUCGACUGUCAUGUUCUGGAUCUUGGUGAAGGAUUGCUGCUUGUUUGUAUUUCUAUAUGAGGAUGUCGUCCUGGAGAAAUUGAAACUGAAGGGAACACUGUUUUGUUUUCUCUUUCGUUCACAUUUGGUUCGUUUCUCUUUGUUUCUCUUUCAUAUGUUGUUCGCUUGUAUUAAGUUCUGUAAGAACCGUGUUUGUACAGCCUCUCUUUAUGAUGGCAUAGGGUACUGAAAUAAAUAACUAAAACUGUCAUGAAA